AUGGCUGUCUCGACCGAGAAGCAGGAGGUUGCGGUAGAUGUGGCUGCUCAUUCGAAGGAAACUGGAGAUACACUUGGAGUUCCAGCGACAGAUGUUCCAAAUGUGUCGGGGAAUACCUCGAUCACUGGAACGGAUAUUGAGGUUGAGAAACAGGAAGCUGGACCAGUUGAAGAGGUCCCGCCUCGAGAUAUCAAAGGCAUCAAAUGGGGAAUAGUCGUCGCUGCUAUUCUUAGUUCGACAUUCCUUUUCGCUUUAGAUAACACUAUCGUCGCUGUUAUCCAGCCAGUUGUUGUGACGCAUUUCGAUUCCGUUGGGAAACUGACCUGGCUUUCCGUUUCAUUCUUGAUCGGUGCCGCCUCUACCAAUUUGAUUUGGGGAAAGAUUUUUGGGCAAUUCAACGCAAAAUGGAUGUACAUCUUCUGCGUCUUUCUCUUUGAGCUUGGAUCCGCUGUGUGUGGAGCAGCUCCCACCAUGGAUGCACUUAUCAUUGGAAGAGCCAUCUGCGGUGUUGGAGGAGCCGGAAUGUAUGUCGGUGUCAUGACGCUUCUCUCAGUUACAACUACCCUUCAUGAACGUCCUAUGUACGUGGGAGGUACCGGUCUCACCUGGGGUCUCGGUACAGUUCUCGGUCCCAUCAUCGGGGGGGCUUUCGUCGAGAGCUCAGCGGGCUGGAGAUACGCCUUCUACAUUAACUUGUUCGUGGGAGCCCUCUGCGCUCCCGUCUACAUCUUCAUGCUCCCCAACGCCGACCCCCGCCCAGGCGUCUCCAUGAAAAACCGCCUCCGCGAGAUGGACGUCCUGGGCGGCUUCCUCGUCAUCGCCGCCUUUGUCCUCGGCGUCAUGGCCGUCUCCAUGGGCGGUAUCGAAUGGCCGUGGAACAGCGGAAAGGUAAUCGGGAUGUUCGUCGCGUCCGGUAUCCUCUUCAUCCUGCUCGGUUUCCAACAAGUCUACACGAUCUUCACCACCGUCGACCGCCGUAUCUUCCCCGUCCAAUUCUUCCGCUCUCGCACAGUGCUUAUCCUCUUCGCUAUGACCUCAGCUGGUGGAACGGCGAUUUUCAUUCCCAUUUAUAUGAUCCCGGUGUUCUUCCAAUUCGUGCAUAAUGAUUCGGCGCUUGAGGCGGGCGUGAGAUUGUUGCCGUUUAUUAUGCUUAUGAUCUUUGCUGUUAUUAGUAAUGGUGCUAUCAUGUCGGCGACUGGGUAUUAUAUGCCUUGGUAUACGGCGGGUGGUACAUUCGUCAUUAUUGGAGGUGCGUUGCUAUAUACAGUCGACAUCGACACUUCUACAGCAGCUAUCUACGGCUACACCAUCCUCGUAGGCUUUGGGGACGGGUUAUUCGCUCAAGCUUCCUUCUCAGUCGCUCAAGCAGUCGUAUCGCCAGCAGACGUAGCUUCAGCAGUUGGCUUCAUCACUUGCGCACAAACAUCCGGCGUCACCAUCGCACUCGCAAUUGCAAACUCCAUAUUCUUGAACGGCGCACAAGAUAACAUCGCCAAAGUACUUCCAGACGUUCCAACUGCAACGAUUCAAGCAGCUAUUGCCGGCGCUGGAAGCGAGUUCGUGAAGGGUCUUAGCGAUAAGUUGAAGCGAGAGGUUCUCGUUGCUAUCGUGGACGCGAUGAGCAAGACGUAUAUCUUGGUUCUCACUGCUGGUGCUUUGGUUCUCGUGUUGAGUUUGGGCAUGAAGAGGGAGAAGUUGUUUUUGGCUGCUGGGCAUGCUGGAUGA